AUGGAUAAUGAAUACAAUCGAUAUUAUAUAAAAACGAUUCACGAAGAACUUGCAACAACUUUGGAAUCCAAGGCUCCAUCAUAUUCAACAGUUGCAGAAUGGGCAAAGCGUUUCCGUGAAGGAAGAGAAGAUGUCAAUGAUGUUUCUCGAUCUGGUCGUCCAGUAUCCGAGCUGACAGAUGAAAAUAUUGAACUAGUGCGAGAGGUUAUCAACAGUGAUCCACAUUCAACUUAUGAUGAUAUUAUAGCUGAGACAUUUCUCUCUCAUGGUACAAUAGAACGAAUUAUCCACGAUUGUCUUAAGAUGAAAAAAAUUACAUCACGUUGGGUACCCCAUCAACUGACUGAUGAACAAAAGCAAGAACGUGUUAAACUUUGUGGUGAAAAUUUGGCGAAAUUCCGUGAUGGUUCUUGGCGAUUAUGUGAUAUUAUAACAGGUGAUGAGACGUGGAUUUGCCAUAGGCAGAUUCAUCGCAAGUCAACAAAUGCAAGUUGGGUUGGCGAAGAUGAAUCACCAACUACUAUUGUUCGCCGAGAUCACAACUAUUAUAUUGAAAAUUGCCUCAAACCUGUCGUGAAGGAAAUAUGGAAACAAAGAAAAUCAGCAGGUACAAAAGGUAUAAAAUUGCUCCAAGACAAUGCACGACCCUAUAUUCAUUCCGAUGUUAUUAAUUAUUUAACAGAAGAAGGUAUUAUUAUAAUGUCGCAUCCACCAUAUUCACCUGACCUUGUACCAUGUGAUUAUUGGCUAAAUGAUUACAUCAAACGUAAUUUAACUGAUCAACCAGAUGGAAAAUCAUUGGCUCGUGCGGUAUCCAAGGUGAUGAAAAAAAUUCCGAAAGAAGAAUUUAAAAAAGCUUUUGACAAGCUAUUAGAAAGGAUGGAACUUUGUAUAAAUAAUCAUGGUGACUAUUUUGAACAUUUAAUAAAAUAA